CCCAGUUUCAUCAUUUUCUUGACCUCUCUCGCACGAUGUCCUCGUGAACCUGGGCCAUGUCUGCCCUGGUGAAACUGGCCUGCAGACGUGUAAAGAGGGUCUUUGCCCAGUUCAGAGAGUCGCUGCAGCCGGAGACCCAUGAGGUCCUGGGCUUCGUGGAUGUCUGGGAGCUCUUUAACCCGGAGUACAGACACCAUCUCUAUCGCAAAGAGAAGCACAUCGCGAACUCGGCCCUGUUCAACGGCUUCAUUAUGUUGGCGGUGACCAUCAAUACGAUCCUCGUGGGGGUCGAGGUGGACACCGCCACGGAAGUGAUGGCGUGGGAUCGAAUCGGCUUCGUGAUGCUCGAAGCUGCCUUCUGCCUUCUAUUCACCUUAGAACUCUGCAUCCGCAUAGAUCAGCAGUCCUGGGGCUACUUCCAGGACUUGUUGAACCUGUUGGACUAUUCUUUGGUGAUUGCGAGCUGGCUGGAUGUGGCUACCUCGGCCUCCACCUAUCGUGAACGGGUGCAACUUGCAUCCACUAUUCGAGUCUUUCGCUUUGUGCGGAUCAUUAGAUUGGCGCAAAACUCUAAGAGCCAACUGCUUGUCAUCGCGCGAGGACUUGCCAACGCAGUGGAGCACGUGAUCCAACUGAGCAUUAUCACGGCAGUCUUCGUUUUCAUGAUGGCGGUGGUGUUGACCUCUCUGGUGGCGCAAGACGCCUAUGCCAUCUCCCGGUGGCCACAAGCAAAGAUGUAUGCGGGCUCGGUCUGGAGAUCCACCAUCACGGUGAUGCAACUGGCCACCCUGGAUCUCUGGUCCGAGGUUGCCAUCCGCCUCUUCGAGAUUUCCCCGCUCUCCUUGGUGACGAUUGUCUUCACCCUAUUUCUGCUGAACUUUGGCAUCAUCAACCACCUGGUGGCCAUCAUGGUGGAUCGCGUUUCGAACAUCUCAGGCGAGCACAAUGAGGUGCAGGAGAAGCUGAUGGGCAAGGCACAUGACAUGCUUAUCCGUUCCUUGGAAGAAGACCUUCGAUCUGGCAUCGGCCUAGAUGGCAAGCUCAGUAUGCAGGUCUUCCACAAGCUAAUCCAGACGCCUACAGUGAACGCAAAGCUGCAGAUGAUGGGCAUCUCUGAUGAGGAGGCUCAAGCCUUCUACGAGAUAAUGGAUGGUGAGCGGCACGGAGGGAUCACUGCGCACCAGUUUGUGCUGGGCUUGAGCAAGGCCAAGGGCAAGGCCAAGAGUGUGGACAUGGUGAAGCUGAUCUCUGUGGUGAACCGGCAGACCAGCCGUGCAAGUAAACUGGUUCGUCGUGUGCAGGGGCUGAUCCAGGAGGUGGAUGAGCUGCAAAAGUGCUUCAACGAUCUUGGCCGAGGACUGACCCGCGAGCGGGUGGUCCAGCGCCAGCAAGAUCAGCGACAACAGGAGCUGCGACAGCAAAAGAACGACUCAGAUCUCUUCUACCAGGCCAUGGAGCUGCAACGGCAGUUUGCACAAGUGAGAGUGAAGAUGCAGUGAACCUGAUGAGCCGAGGAUAAGCUUUCCACAGACAUCAGUGAGUUCAGUGAGUCACUCAAAACAAGGACGGUGCUGCGCAGCAGUGCCACAACAUUCUUUCCCCCUCAGGUAAACAUCUGACCUGGUGAGGUAUGUCUUCUGGUGGCUUAGGCUAUAUAAUGGUCGUGGCCCACAUACGCAUCCCGCUUCUCCACUCAUGUGUUGUGAUCAUCGUCGACGGCUUGGUCAUUUUCCAAAGAAACCACCAUCUCUUUCAGUUCAUUCCAAAGACCACAAAGACUGCUAGCGCUCCAGACUUGACACAUUUGAUUUUGAUGUGGAGUUAGAAGGGAGGAGGUGUUGCUCAGCUUAGUUUGAAGUUUUCCUAAUCAUCCGCGGGGCCAACAGGUAUUUUACAUGGAUGAAAUUGGGCGAUAGGGGGCAAGGCUCCACCAAGGCUCAGUUAAAAAGCCUUUUGCAGUUCAACGCUGAAGAUAGCAUUUGGUGGCCAAAUUUCUGUUUGGCUUUCCUGAUUUGACACAGCAAGCGUUUUGGGCAUCCAGUUGGCGUGGAAGAUGCUUUGGCUUACACCAGAUCAUUUUGUUCGAUAGACAGUGCUGAUCAGUGUCAGGUUGAUCACGAUGCGGUCUCUCCGCCGAACCGUAGCAGUUUGCGCCGAAUCGCCUCAGAGGGGCAACCGUUGGCGCGUUGGCACUGAGAGUUCAGUGUCGUUAACGACGUUUGUGCAACGGCAGGCGUGAAGAGGGGGACUGACCAGCUUGCAGGGAACAUCUGCAAAGCCGAGCAGUUAGGAUGAACGGGGAAGGAGAAAUCAUUUGUUGAGUUCAUUCCUUUCAAAAGACGAAAGUACACCUUUCCUGCCG